UGGUUGUCGGCCAGCGAGCAGCAUGGAGGCGCCCUGGGGGAUCGGCAACGCCGAGCGGAGCUGGUACGUCUCGGCCCAGCAGUCCGAAGCGGCGGAGGCGGAAGAGUUGAGCCCGUUGCUAAGCAACGAACUUUACAGACAGGGAUCCCCAGGUGUUUCAUUUGGUUUGUCUGUGUUUAAUUUGACAAAUGCCAUCAUGGGAAGUGGCAUCCUUGGUUUAGCUUAUGUUAUGGCUCAUACUGGCAUCCUUGGAUUUAGUUUCUUGCUGCUGAUAGUUGCUCUCCUGGCUUCCUACUCAGUUCACCUCCUGCUAAGUAUGUGUAUUCAGACAGCUGUGACAUCUUAUGAAGAUCUUGGACUCUUUGCAUUUGGAUUACCUGGAAAGAUGGUGGUAGCAGGCACCAUCAUAAUUCAGAAUAUUGGAGCUAUGUCAUCAUAUCUUGUAAUUAUUAAAACAGAGCUUCCUGCUGCUAUUUCAGAAUUUUUGUCAGGAGGCCAUACUGGGUCUUGGUAUCUUGAUGGACACAUACUACUAAUAAUCAUUUGUGUUGGCAUUGUGUUCCCUCUUGCACUUCUUCCUAAAAUAGGCUUUCUUGGCUACACGAGUAGUUUAUCAUUUUUCUUUAUGGUGUUCUUUGCUGUUGUGGUAAUAAUUAAAAAAUGGUCCAUCCCUUGUCCUCUGCCAUUAAAUUAUAUAGAACAAUCUUUCCAGAUUUCAAAUGCUACAGAUGAUUGUAAACCAAAGCUCUUUCAUUUCUCCAAAGAGAGUGCUUAUGCCAUACCUACCAUGGCUUUUUCAUUUCUCUGCCAUACCUCAAUAUUGCCCAUAUACUGUGAACUUCAAAGCCCUUCAAAGAAAAGAAUGCAAAAUGCAACCAAUACAGCAAUUGCUUUAAGUUUUCUCAUUUAUUUUAUAUCUGCACUCUUUGGGUACCUCACGUUUUAUGGGAUUGUCCUUGUUAUCAGGUCAAGCUGUUAUGUUGUCUCCGACUUAAUGCACCGCAAAUUCUUCAGACUGUCCACAUUUUAUCUAAUGGAGAAAUGCACAUCUAAGAAAAAUCUCAUUGUAGACAAAGUGGCAUCAGAAUUACUGCAAGGUUAUAGCAAGUACUUGCCACACGAUGUUGUUGUCAUGGCUGUGAAGCUAUGCAUACUAUUUGCUGUGCUUUUGACAGUCCCUCUAAUCCACUUCCCUGCAAGAAGAGCUUUAAUGAUGAUGUUUUUCUCCAAUUUUCCAUUCUCAUGGACUCGCCAUUCUUUGAUCACUCUAGCACUCAAUGUUACCAUUGUUUUACUUGCAAUAUAUGUUCCUGACAUUAGGAAUAUAUUUGGUGUGGUUGGUUCCAGUACAUCAACGUGUUUGAUUUUUAUAUUCCCAGGACUAUUUUAUCUUAAACUUAGCAGAGAGGAUUUUCUCUCGUGGAAAAAACUUGGGGCUUUUGUUUUGCUCAUCUUUGGAAUUUUGGUUGGGAAUUUUAGUUUAGCAAUAAUCAUUUUUAAUUGGAUUAGUAAAUGAAACAAAUAUUUUCCCACUUCUUACAAAGAAUAAUUUACCUCUAUAUGCAAAAAGGAAUAAUUCUGUAAAGCACCUUUGAUGAAUCCUUUUUAUAUGGGUAAACAUUUUUAUAAACAUUAUUAACAGAAAAGCAGAACAAAAUGGAAUAGGUAGCGGAAAGUGGGUUUAUAGCAGUUUUAAUUAAAAUAAAAUUCAAAAUGUUCUUUGAUAAGUUAGGUCAGCCUUUGUAUUUUUAAAAAAUUAAUAGACUUUAUUUUUUAGGGUGGAUUUAAUGUUUACAGAAACAUUGAGCAGAAGGUACAGAGUUCUCAUAUAUCCCCUGAUCCCCAACACACCCAUAGUUUCCCAUAUUGUUGAAAUCUUGCAUUCAUGUGGUGCAUUUGUUAUACUUGAUGAGCCAAUAUUGAUACAGUACUUGUAAAACAUUUUUUAAGUCUGUUGAUUUUGAGAGAGAGCGAGAACAUGAGCAAGGGAGGAGCAGAGAGAGAGAGAGAGAGAGAGAGAGAAAGAAUAUCAAGCAGGCUCCACACUGGCAGCACAGAGCCUGACAUGGGGCUGGAACUCACAAACCAGGAGAUCAUGACCUGAGCCAACAUCAAGAGUCAGACACUUAACCGACUGAGCCACCUGGGUACCCCUUGAUACAGUAUUAUUUACUGAAGUACAUAGUUUGCCUGAGAGUUCACUGUUGACGCAAGCAUUGGCAACCACUGAUCUUUUGACUGACUUCAUAAAAACUGUGAGCCUUUCCCUGUGAGCCUUUUCUAGGAUGUCAUAUAGUUGGAAUUAUAUAUUAUCUAACCUUUCAGGCUGGCUCUUUCACUUAAACAAAAUGCAGUUAAGUUUCCUCCAUGCAUUUUCAUAUAACUCAUUUCUUUUUAUUAUUGAAUAAUAUUCCACUGUAUGGAUGGGCCAGUUUGUGUUUUCAUUCACCUGUUGAAGGACCUCUUCCUGGCUUUCAAAGUUAUGAAUAAAGUGUGUACAGGUUUUUGUGUGGA